AUGGAUUGUCCGGCUCUGAUCCUUAGUUGCCUGUGGUUGAUUUGCUUGGGGGCGAAUGCCUCAAAGGUUGUGCAAUUGCUGGACAGAAUACGGCAGGAGUCACACUUUGAAUACCUGCUGCUGAUGAAGAACCGGAAUGCCACGGUGCCGGACCAGGCUUGGAAUGGCAGCUCUUUGGCCAUGGAACUUAUGCAUGAACUGAAGGUUCCUGCGCUACAGCUGGAUGAGAAUGUGAGCUACUUUUUGCACAAUAGCAUCAGCAAUCGACUGGUGUCCGUGGUUUACUUGAGCAACGGAAGGCUGGAGGAGCACGAUGGCUUGCUCAAGGCGCUGGUGGCAAAUCUCAGACACAUGACCACUUCGCGGGUUGUAUUUCUGAUGGAAGUAAAAGUGGCAAGUGAAGGACUACUCCUGGAAUUGUUUUCGCAUUGCUGGAAAAUGAAGAUGCUGAAUGUUCUGGUCUUAUUUGCGGACCACGAGAGAACCCACACCUUCUACCGCUACUCGCCUUUUCCCAAUCUUCACAUGGAGGAGUCACUCUAUGAGCCAAACUCUACGCUGGAAAUUUUUCCGAAUCGAUUGCGGAACUUCCUGGGCUAUCGAAUGCCCAUGAUUAUUGGCGGCACUUCGCCACGAAUGAUUGCCUACUACAAGCGGGGAAAAUUGGUGUACGAGGGCACCGUUGGCCACUUCAUGGACGUCUUUCAACGGAAGUACAAUUUCAGCUUUGUCCAGCCGCUUCGGCCAACAUCGCCGACUGUCUUUGCCCCGUCCAUGCAGACGGUGGCCGCUGUGCGGAACAACUCCGUGGAGAUGUCCAUGUCGCUGACAUUUCCCACCAUACCGCCCUUCGGCUUCACUUACCCCUACGAGCAGAUGAACUGGUGUCUCAUGCUGCCCGUGGAGGCGGAUGUACCCACUCCGGAGUACUACACGAGGGUGUUCGAUCUGCAGGCCUUCCUGGUGGCCCUGUCCACGCUGGUGGUGAUCUCCUCUCUGCUGGCCAUGACCCUGUGGCUGCAUGGCUAUCAGGUGGCUCCGUAUGACUUCCUCCUGCACGAGAGCUGCCUGCGGGGAGUGCUGGGUCAGUCCUUCGUUGAGGUGCUUCGGGCACCCACACUGGUUCGUGGCAUCUACCUGGAGAUUUGCGUGCUGGGAAUUCUAAUCACGGCCUGGUACAACUCCUACUUCUCCGCCUACGUAACGGCAGCGCCCAAGCAGCUGCCGUAUCGCAGCUACGAUGAUUUAUUCGCUUCCCGCAUGAAGGUGGUGGCCUGGACACCGGAAUAUGCGGAGCUGAUUGGGCGACUGGCAGAGUUCAGAAGGUACGACUCCAUGUUCAUGGUGGUGCCGGAUUUCAGCAGGUAUAUAAGUCUGCGCGACUCCUUCAACACCAAGUACGGCUACAUGAUGCACACCACCAAGUGGAUGGUCGUCGCCGAGCAGCAGAAGGUGUUCUCCAAGCCCUUGUUUCGGAUGCGGGAGGAUUUCUGCUUCUUCAAUAACAUACCGUUCGGUUUUCCCAUCCAUGAGAAUUCAGUGUUCAUUGAACCGAUUCUCACGCUCAUCAUGGAACUGGCCGAAACGGGCCUCAGCUUGCACUGGAUGCAGAGCGCCUUCUCGGAGCUGAUCGAUGCAGGGGAACUGCACUUUCUCGACCUGAGUCCCCUCAGAGAGUUCCGGGCCAUGCAGUUAAUGGAUCUGCAGUAUGUCUGGUAUGGUUUCGCCUUUAUGUCCGCGCUCUCCUCAAUCGUCUGGCUACUGGAGGUGGUCGUUGUCCGACAUAGACGGCAUACACAGUCGAGACGGUUAGCUAAAUGA